CGCUGCAGUUCACAGUUCACACGCGCAUAAAUUCAGGGUCUCUCUCUCUCUGUCUCUAUGGCAUCGGUUCCUGAAAUUAGAACUCCGUUUCAUAAUUUUGGCGCAGAGAGUGAGUGAGAGUGAGAGAAUGGAAGAUUUUGAGAAGAAGGUUUCGAUCAGAGACGAUUCAUCAGAUUCAGACGCAAUGGACGUAUUGGAUGAAAAUGGGCGCUGCGCUUCUUCUCCCUCCAAGCUGGCGGCGGUCGGUCUUCUUCGACGGUUUCUUGGAGUUCAGCAGCGAAGAGCCCUGGCUUACUCCAAGCUUAAACAGGGGUUCACGGACUAUAUGGUUUCAGGAGGGGAAUCAGCUUACCAACAACUUUGCAGUGAGGUCACAUUAGAAUUUAGUGAGUGCUCAAAGCAAGUCUGUGAAAUGGAGUCAAAAUUUCUGAGCCCUGAUUGCUUCCGAGAUGAUCUAGCUUGCCUUCUCAGAGCCAUUCAAACACAGGAAAAACAGAAACUGGAACUGACAGCGACAAUUCAGGUGUUGAAGAAGGCAGGUCGGCCCUCGGAACGCCUGGUGAGCCACGAGAACUGCAGAUUCAAGAAGCCUCUGGAGCAUGAGUGUGUGCAUGUCCACGAGAUAACCGAAGCAGCCGGCACAGAAGAGGCCGAAGCAGAUGCUGAAUACGACAAUGCUCUCAAGGAAGCCAUCAGAGGCGUGCAGGAUGCCGUGACCACCAUAAAUGAACAUUUGGAAGAAGUUAGAUAUGAGAUUGCAGCCCUUGAGGCCGAAUAGAUUGUAAGUACAGAAUGCUCGCUUUCUUGAAGUCAACUGCCUGCCUUGCCCAUA